UUUUUAGAUACUAACGGCACGUAUAUUGUACAGUGUCUUAAAGAUCAAGAACCGUAUAAGUUGUUGAGAUUCAUGACGAAACAUGUAGAUGAUAAUGUAAUAAAAUUUAAAAAUGUCACUCAGUCAACACGGUUGGAAGGCAGUACCGCUAAAGGUGUCACCAUCAAAGUGUAUGUGAGACUUCUUAGCGAACGAUCACCUAUAGUUUUGGGUGAAACAAAACAAAUGUUAGAUUGGACUGGAUUUUCAACUACUUUUAGUGAUCCUAGAUUUAUAAAAGUUCCUAUGUGGAAUAAUGAUAAAAUUACUGGACACUUGUCUUUAUCGUAUGCAUUUUCUAGAACAUCUACAGUCCAAAAAUAUGAAAAUAAUUUUUCUGAAAAACUAGAAGAAAAUAUAAUGGAUUUAGAAGAUCAUAAAAACCAACCAUGUAAACUUGUUGAAAUUUCUAAUCCAGUUGAUACUAUAAAUAAAAAAAAUGCAGAAGAUUAUAAAGAUACCAUUUCAUAUCAAACAAAAGACCAAAUAUACAUGUACAAUAGACUAUAUCCUGAAAAUAUUGAAGAUAAUUUUAGAAGUAAACUAACGUUAAAUGAAUCACCAAAAAUAGUUACAACUAAGGCAACAAAAGAUAAAGAAAUUCAAACCAACUUUGAAGUUCGUCAAUUAAACAAAUCUGUACAAACUCAAAUAAAAACUUUCAAUGUUGCAAUACAAGUAAGUAGUGAUGAAUUAGAAGAUCCUUUGGAUAAAUCAAAUGUUUGCGAUGUACAAAAUAUAUUUCGGUGCACUCAUGAAUUCACACUUAAUAUUGAAAAAAAAUGUGAUUCGACAUUCAAUUAUGUAACAUAUCAAUUUCCAGAAAGUGUUACUAAUAACAUUGGAAAAGUGAUCUCCAAUUGUCGAGCAUUCAGAACUUUUGGCAAUACUAAUAUUCUACAUUUGAUCACAUUGCCUACAACAAUUCCUUUAGAAACUUAUUUUUAUAACAAUUAUAAUAAAGUAGCUAUUGUAUUAAAUCUUCAUAAAAAUAAUGAUGACCCUCCAGAAAAGGUCUCACUUCUAGUGUCUCAUCUAAUUGACAUGGCUAAUAAGUUUAAAAACUCACACAUUGCCAAACAUUUAAUUAUAAACAAUAAUUCAUCUAAACCCGAAUUAUCUCUUAAUAAUGUCAAAAUACAAAUUCAUUAUAAACGUGUAUACCAUUCAUUGCCAUCCCCUGAACCAAAACUUAAAAAGUCGUGUGUUUCAUCAUACAAGACACUAAAAAAAAAUUCAAAAAUUUUUGUGGACUUGACUGAAUCUGAUUCUGAAGAUGAUAUAAAUAAGACAUACACAUUAUUAAAACACAAUAAUAGGAUUUCUGAACUGACUACUGAAAGCAGCACACAGACAGAUCCAAUACCUGUUAAAAUGUCACAUAAUUGCAUAACUCAAACAGAAAAUAAUGUGAUACCAGAAUGUAUAACUAUUGAUGACGAUAGUAUUUUAAUGAAUAAUGAAAAGGGAAGUGUAAUGUGCACAGACACGAAUCCUAUAGUUGAAAAUCAGCUAAGUUGUACAAAUGCAAAUAUUACACAAGACACUACAACUGUUGAUGGACAAUUCAACAAUAGUGAUAUUUUUAAAGCCAAAGUGAUUAUUGUUGGGGGGUAUAACUUACCGAUGGUUAAACUAAAAGGAGACACUAUACCUUCAGCUCCAACUACAUAUAUAAUCAUGGAAGCUUAUGGUGGCAGUAGUUUCUCGACAUCAUCUGUUGUAGAACAAACAAACCCCAUUUGGAACAGUGAAUGGACAGUUCUUACACCAAGAAAUAAUUUAAUAGAGGGAAAAUGGCUAAUUUUAGAGUUGUGGUGUAAGAAGUAUAAAAAUGAAUAUGCAGGACAUGAUCCAAAACGAGAUAUGAGACUUGGAUUUAUUUUAAUAGAUUCAUCUACACUUACGUAUGAUCUAAAUACAUCUUGUGGGUUAUAUGAUGUCAUUAGUGAAACUGAAGAACACCAUGGACAAAUUAAAGUUAUAAUAAAUCAAAUUAAUUGUGUUGAUCCUUGUAUAAAUAACAAUUUUAUGCCUCAACCAAUUAAUGAAAGAAUUAUUAUUCAAACCAAAAACAAAAGUAUAAGCAAAAAAAGAAAUGACGAUUUCGUAAAUGAAAUGAUCGGAAAAAUGCAAAUUGAAGAUAAUUUUCAUGUGGAAACUAGAAAUCCUAGAAACACUGUUACAGUAAGAGAUGGAAAAUUCAAUCAACAUACAGAUCUAACUGAAGAUUCCCUCCAAAAGUUUAGCGAGACUCAAUUAAAGAAUACAGUUGCUGAAUCUCGUGUAACUGGUUGUUUUUAUAAUAACGAUAAUGUAUUUGACAGUAUGGGAACUAUAAGUUCAGUUACAUCUUGGACAAGUUCUUCGGAUGAUAUAUUAUGCUCAAAUAAUUCUCAGAUCGUGAACAAUAUUCUAAGUAACAAAACCAAAAUGAAUCGAAUAAAACAAAUUAUUCGAGGUUAAAUAGUUGUUGAAUACUUACUUGUAGUACAUCAUUUAAUAUUAUAUCUUACCUAUUAAAUUUAAUGAAUUGUAAAGUUUCCUGUUAAUAUUAUUGUAUUCAAUUUAAUAUUUUUAUUUUUCGGUUUUAAAAUAAAGUAUAACUGAAAAUUAAUCCGUUUUGGAGAGUUAAAUAUUAGUAUUAUAUUA